AUGGGUGGCUAGGUGGGAUCGGAGGACAUCGGUCCGCGGGUCAUCUCCGAGUUCGAGGCCUGCGCCUGGUUCCGGGCGGGGCGGCCGGGUUCCGACCCUUGGCCUCUGCCUUCUCUGAACGAGGGGAUCGCAGUUCCUGUCUUGAGGGCAGCGGGAGGUGUCCGAGCCUCGGUUUCCCCAUCUGUGAAAAUCGGUCAUCCCAGCGCCAACCUAAUGGGGCUGAUCCAGAAGGUGGCUAAUGAAGAGAGCUUCUGGCACACAGUAGGCGGUCAGCUCCUGGGACCAUGGGUCUAGGGCUCUGAAGUCCCUGUGCUCCCUAUGGCCAUGACGACGGGUGAUUGCUGCCACCUGCCUGGCUCCCUGUGUGACUGCUCCAACAGCCCCUCCUUCUCCAAGGUCCUGGAGGCCACAGGCCUUGGGACACCUCAAUAUGUGGCACAGGUGACUUCAAGGGAAGGCCGACUCCUCUCAACUGUCAUCCGGGCCUUGGACACGCCAAGCGAUGGUCCCUUCUGCCGGAUCUGCCAUGAGGGAGCAAAUGGGGAGAGCUUGCUGUCUCCGUGUGGCUGCACUGGCACACUGGGCACCGUGCACAAGAGCUGUCUGGAGAGAUGGCUUUCCUCAUCCAACACCAGCUACUGUGAGCUGUGCCACACAGAGUUUGCAGUGGAGAAGCGGCCCCGGCCCCUCACAGAGUGGCUGAAGGACCCGGGGCCUCGGACAGAGAAGCGGACACUGUGCUGUGACAUGGUGUGUUUCCUGUUCAUCACACCUCUGGCCACCAUCUCGGGCUGGCUGUGCCUGCGUGGGGCCCAGGACCACCUCCGGCUCCACAGCCGGCUUGAGGCCGUGGGGCUCAUUGCCCUCACCAUCGCCCUCUUCACCAUCUAUGUCCUCUGGACGCUGGUCUCCUUCCGCUAUCAUUGCCAGCUGUACUCUGAGUGGAGAAGGACCAACCAGAAAGUUCACCUGAAGAUCCGGGACACAGACGGCUCUGAGGCUACCCAGCACUCCCUACUGGCUGCUGGAUUCCUGAAGAAGGUGGCGGAAGAGACGCCUGUGUGAAGGUUGGGCUGGCAGGGCCAGAGGCAGCUGAUGAUGCCCUGGAGUUUGGUAGGAUGGAAACUGCCCAACCCUUCCUGCAUGGCCAGAACGCUUCUUAGACCAGGAGACACCAAGUGGAGCCGGUUCUGUGAUCCUGUGUGAAGAUAUUUUCAGAUUGUUUUGCACACUGUUGUAUAUGAGGAGGACAGGUGGAAGUGGUCCUGAGCUUCACACAGAGCAGGCACCCUGAUCUCAUUCUGAGGUCCACUUGGCCCCUUGAGGGCCAACAGCCGUGACCAUAGGCUAGUUGAAGGUGCCCAUAGGUGGGAGAUUCCGCAAGCUUCUUGUACUUCUCUGCACCUGGCAGGCUCACUUUCCUGGCACCCUUGACUUUAUAAAGUUGCACCAAGUUUCAAAACCCCAACUCAAAUGAAUAAAGGAACCUUUACUGGAUAAAA